GGAAGACCGACAGAUUCUAACUGAGGAACAGACUUGAGCUCACAGUUUAUGACUCAUCAUCACUUGACAAAGGUGGAAAAAUCCUUUGCUGCAGUUGAGGUUACAAAAGGAAAGCUCUGACUGUUUUGUUGCAGCUGCAGAGACAUCAUCGCAGCAGAACAUUUUCCUUUAGGUCUUUACAGACCACAAGGUCUGGAAAAGGAAGUAAAGGAAAAGGAAAUAAUAUAAAGAAGUUACACUGACGGAAUAAUUGACAAACAGAGGAAAUGAGGAAUGACUGACUAGGAAGGACUCAAAGUCAAACUUGUUAGAAAGGCAAAGGAUAUAAGGACACAGUGACAAGUGGAGAAAUCUUCUUGGGUUGGGUGCAGCAGGAUUGUGCCAUGAUUCCCCCUGUGGUGGUUUUGCUGGUGCUCCUGUUGCUCUCUGGAACCAAGUCCUCUCUCCAGGGAGACACUCAGGAAAUGGGAAACAUUGAAGAGAUCUUGGAGAAAGAGUUUAUCUAUGCAUCAAAACGGCAAAAACGUGCCAUGGUUGACCACAGCGUUUCCCAAACAGACAAAUGUUCUUACACCUUUUUUGUCCCUCAGCAGAAAAACAAUGGGGCCAUCUGUGUGAACUCCAAGGAGCCUGAGGCCAUGCUGGAGAAUCGGGUCAAUAAGCAGGAGCUGGAGCUGCUCAACAGUGAGCUGCAGAAGCAGCAACGGCAGAUUGAAUCGCUGCAGGAGUUGGUAGCAGUAGAUGGGGGGGUGGUCAAUGAAGUCAAGCUACUGCGUAAAGAGAGUCGCAACAUGAACUCCAGAGUUACACAGCUCUACAUGCAGCUGCUGCAUGAGAUUAUCCGCAAACGAGAUAAUGCUCUAGAGGUGUCACAGCUGGAGAUCUGUGUGCUCAACCAUACAAACGAGAUGGGGAGGCUAGCCUUACGCUACCGUGACCUGGAACAUAAGUACCAGCAUCUGUCAGCUCUUGCAAGUAACCAGAGCGCUCUCCUGCUGCAACUAGAGGAACAUUGUAAGCGGGGAGGAUACUCAUAUGGUAUAGUGCAGGACAGGAGCCGCGCUGCCCAUUCACAGCCUCCUCUACAGAUGCCUAUACUUUCACCUGGAGGCUACAGGCCCUUCCACCCACCUACCUACACCCGCUACACCAAUAAACCCAUGACAAAUGACAUACAGAGUGACCAGAACUCCAAAGCAUUACCACCUCCAUUGCCCACAAUGCCAAGUGCAACAUACAGUUUUACGAGUGAGCCCUCUGGUCCUUUCAAAGACUGUCUAGAAGCUCUGCAGGGUGGAUACACCACCAGUGGCAUGUACCUCCUGAAACCAGACAAUGGCAACCGAUUCAUGCAGGUUUGGUGUGACCAGAGACAAGACCCUGGUGGCUGGACUGUCAUUCAGAGACGUCAGGAUGGUUCUGUGAACUUCUUUAGAAACUGGGAGACGUACAAGCAAGGGUUUGGAAACAUUGAUGGUGAACACUGGUUAGGCCUAGAGAACAUCUACUUGCUGACCAACCAGGGCAACUACAAGCUGCUGGUGACUCUGGAAGACUGGGUCGGACGCAAGACCUUUGCAGAAUAUACCAACUUCCGUGUGGAGUCUGAGGCCAACUUCUAUAGGCUGCAAAUGGGCCGAUACUAUGGCAACGCUGGAGACUCACUUACCUGGCACAAUGGCAAGCAGUUUACCACACUGGACAGAGACCAUGACACCUUCACAGGUAACUGCGCACACUACCAGAAGGGAGGGUGGUGGUAUAACGCCUGUGCUCAUUCCAACCUUAAUGGUGUGUGGUACCGCAAUGGGCAUUACCGCAGCCGUAACCAGGAUGGGGUAUACUGGGCCGAGUUCAGAGGAGGAGCUUAUUCUCUGAAGAAAGUGACCAUGAUGAUACGACCCAAUGCCAACACCUUCCAUUAACACUUAAAAAAAAAAUCUCACAGGGGUUUCCAUUUCUUUAUUCCAAAAAGUAUGAAUUCUUAAUUUUAAAUGUCAGUCUUUGUUUUUAGUUUUUGUUUUGUUUGUUUUUGCUAUUGGUUGAUUUAUGCUGAUAAUAUAGCUUGAAAUUGCAAAGGCUCAUGCUGUAAUGCAAUAGGAGCUGUGCAGCAUUUUGUUAUUUUAUUCAUCCUACAGGCAUAGAUUUUUGCUUUUUUUAUUAUUAUUAAUAAUAAUAAUAAUGAUACAUUAUGUCCCCCAGGAUUUAUGCUUGGUCCGGGUGGGGUGGGACAGGAGGUUGGCAUCAGCAGAGCGGAGUGUGCAGGUGGGAGCGUGAUGAUGGAGGAACUCAGACAGGUAGGGUGGGGCCUGGUUAUUGAGGGCUUUGUAUGUUAUGAGGAGGAUUUUUAAGUGGAUUCUCUGGGGGAUGGGGAGCCAGUGGAGCUUAUGGAGAAUGGGGGUGAGGAGGUCAUGGGUGAGAGAGUGGGUGAGUAGCCGAGCAGCAGAGUUCUGCAUAUACUGGAGCUUAUUGAGGGUUUUUGAAGAUGAGCCAUAGAGUAGACUGUUGCAGUAGUCCAGACAGAAGGUGAUGAAGGCGUGGAUGAGGGUUUCUGCAGCUGAGGAGGAAAGGGAUAGAUGGAGGCGGGCGAUACUCUUGAGGUGAAAGAUGGCUGUUUUGGCUAUGUGUUUAAUGUGCUGGUCGAAGGAGAGGGAUUGAUCGAGAAUAACGCCAAGAUUUCGGAUGUGAGGGGAGGUGGAUACUGCGGAGCCGUCGAUGUUGAGGGUAAAGUUAUGGGUCAAAUCAACAUUGCACACAAAUCAACAAAAGCACAGACAAACAUACAUUAAGUGAAUGUAAUAUCUCACGUGUUCUGCCCUGUGUGGGCUUUUGGAGAUUUUGUUGAUAACCUGAUUUUGAUGAUGUGCAUAUCAAAGACUUCUACAUACAAUACAAUAUAAAAUUUACAAAAGAAUUUCUUUAUCUGUUAUGUGCUGAAUGAAAUCACAUUGCAAAGACAAAGAAAUUUACACCAAUCAGCCAGAAAAUAAAACCAAUGACAGGUGAAGUGAAUAAC